GACAGGAUUGAGGAAGAAUCCAAUUUAGAAAAACACUCUCGAGGAAGAGCGGAGAAAAGCAAAAAAGAGGAAAAUUUGAAAGAGAUGCUCAGAAAAAGCCAAGCUAGGGCCAUGAGAUGCAGGAGACUUCACAUGCUCUAAAAGGAUGCGGGCUGUGGGAAGACUCAUGAAUUAUUGUUUUAAAAGGAGCUCCUUACUUAAGCCAGGAGCGUGAUAGCUAGUAAGAGUCUAAUCUAGCUAGAGCUGCUUUGAUGCGGGGAGAGAGUUUUAUUUUUAGCCAGAGAGGUAAUUAAAGCAGGCAUUGAAUCUGAAAACAUCUUGGGGAUCUGUCACAGAAGGGCAAAAAGUGCAUCUUAGGCAUUCGUGUGAACCGCGAAAGGAGCAGUGAAUGCGUCAGAGAUGAGCAGAAAGAGAGCGGGCUCGGAGUUCAUUUAGUAACAGCAAAACCCAACAUCCAAGUUACGGAGCUCCUGUCAACUAACAAAACCACGUCUCUGCAGACUGAGCAGCUGGGAUGGCUGAAGAAGGCCGAAGUGGCACCAGCCCCCCUUUCUCUCUUUCUUUUUCAGGCAGUGGUUUUCUUGCACUUUACCAGAUAGGGGUGGUCCAAUCGCUCUUGGAAUUGGCACCUGAAAUACUCAAAUCAGCAUCCAAAGUUUAUGGAGCAUCAGCUGGGUCACUUAUCGCUGCAGCAGUGGUGUGUGAAUCUAGCCUAGAGGACCUAAAAGAAUCUUUCCAUGAAGUGGUGAGAGAUGCCAGGAAAACAAUUCUCGGCCCUCUGUCUCCCGGGUGCAACACGCUCCGCACCAUACAGAAGGGAUUGUACAAGAUGUUGCCAGAGAACUCUCACCAGGUGGCUUCGGGAAGGCUGCAUAUUUCCCUCACCCGGGUGAUGGAUGGACAGAAUGUCAUGGUUUCCGAGUUCAGUUCGAAGGAGGACCUGAUUCAGGCACUGAUCUGCAGCUGCUUUGUUCCUAUCUAUUGCGGAUUCAUCCCUCCCUCCUUCCGAGGUGUGCGCUACGUCGAUGGAGGUUUCACUAACCUGCAGCCGUGUUCUGACCUGGAGACUGUGAUUACGGUGUCCCCAUUCACGGGCGAGCUCGACAUCUGUCCCCGGGACUGCCCGGCUAUCUUCUACUCUUUUCAGAUCCUUAACAGCAGCAUUCAGAUCUCAAUGGAAAACCUGUGCCGGUUUAGCUAUGCUCUCUUUCCACCCAGCUACCUGGUCCUGAAUGAGUUUUUUUCUCGAGGGUAUCAGGAUGCUGUCCUUUUCUUACACAGGAACAAUGCCUCUGGUAUCAAUUAUCCCGCCAACACGGUGAACUUCCAGUUUGCCAGUUUGCUCAGUAAAAAUGACUUGUCUCGAGCCAGUGAGGAGUCGUCAUGCCAGAACCCAGACGCAGUGGGGCUGGAAUCCAAUGGGCCAGCUCCCAGGGACCCACCCCCCAAGCAGGCUCCUGCUGUGAGCGGGACACUCAAUGGAACAGACCAGAAAAUACUGCAGCAGCUGCCCCCCCGCCAACACAAAGGUAGAGAAGUCUGAUUUCUUUCCUCCUGCUGGGUUUUCUCCAGCUGAGUAACGGUUUGCCUGGGAUCUGUGGGGUGGUGCUGCAGGAAGGGAAGGGAUGUGGGUUUGCUUUGUAUUGGAUGGGAGGGAUGGGAAGGGAUUCCAGUUCAGUGAGGGGAAGGCCUUUGA